AUGGAACAAUCUUGUGGGAAGGAGUUCAAGACGUUGGCGGCGCUGAUUAAUCACCUUGAGAGCGAGAGUUGGCAUUAUGCACCUAACUGGGAAUGCGACGCUUGCGGUGCUGGUUUCCAUCGACGUAAACAGUGCAAGGAUCAUGAGAUCAACUGCUGUUUUUACUGUGAGGACUGCGAGCAGCAGUUUUCAAGCUGGCAUGCCAUUAGCCAACACUUGAACUCUAGUCGGCAUCGUGGACCGAGCCAUUCGAGCGUUUCAGACUAUCAAAAAGGGGUUUCCUGUCCGUUCUGUAAAGCACCCUACCAAGCUGCUAGUGGUGUUGUCCACCAUCUCGAGCGCGGCUGUUGCCCCAACGCACCUCUUGACCGCGACACUCUUGACCAGGAGGUUAGACGACGAGAUCCCGACGGUUUCAUUUGCAACAAACUUCUCGAGUGGCACGGAACAGUGUCUUACCAUGCAACCUCUCUCGCCUACAACUCACGCUAUGGACAAUACGAGUGUUAUUUCUGUGGCGACUUGUUUAGACAGCUGUCGAGCCUAAAUCAGCACCUGGCCUCCCCUCGUCACCAGCAAGAACUCUAUCACUGCCCAAACAGGAAGUGCCUCAAGGAAUUCACCACUCUUGCUGGGAUGGUCAACCACUUGGAAAGCGAAUCAUGCCGCUUUCUACGCUUCGGGGCUGUUCAGAAUGGUAUUCGGGGCUGUUCAGAAUAG